GGUGGGGGGAAGGAAAAAUUAGAACUGCCUUCCCUUUCUGUCUGUCUUAUUACCUGGCUUUUUCUGCUUGUUCUCCCCCCUACUCUCCACCCCUGCAUGCCCACAUUUUCCCUUUAUCCUGCUUGGCCUUCUCAGAGCAAGACUACACUACUGUGUUACAUUGGCACAGCUGCACCGAUGCAGCUGUGCUGCUGCAGCGUGUCUGGUGAAGACGCGCUACGCAGAUGGGAAAGCGCUCUCCAGUUGGCAUCAUUACUCCAUCUACGCAAGAGAUGGAAGCUGUGUCGGCAGGAGAGUGUCUUGAUGUAACUUACUUUGCUCAGGGGGGUGUUGUUUUCAUGCCCCUGAGCAACAUAAGUUACAUCAACUUGAUGGUAGCAACAUGUCUGGUCGGGGCAAAGACGGCAAAGGACUCGGAAAGGAGGGCGCUAAGCGCCAUCAGAAGGUACUUUGCAAUAACAUUCAAGGUAUUACCAAACCGGCUAUUUGUCGUUUGGCUCGUCUUGGUGGUGUCAAGUGCAUUGGUGGGUUGAUCUAUGAAGAGACCCAUGGCGUGUUCAAAGUUUUUCUCGAAAACGUGAUCCGCAAUGCUGUUACUUACACUGAACAUGCGAAGCGGAAGACUGUGACAGCCAUGGAUGUGGUUUACGCUCUAAAACGCCAGGGUCAUACUCUGUACGGAUUCGGGGGCUAAGCCUUUCUUCUGACUUGCCUUUAAAACCAAACUUAAAUGGUAGUGUAGAUCAGCCCACAAUGUUACUUCUCUCUGCCAGCGUGACUGAAUGAGCUGAUCAGACCUCUUUAUGCACACUGUUCAUAGGGUCUUCAUGCUGGCCUGUAAAAUAAGCAUUUCUUACAGAUAAGACACUAAUAAAAAAUAAAGGAAGUUUGUGGAGCAGCCUGGUGGCUCUGUGGUUAGUGACUAUUUGUUUCAUUAUGCUUCCCUUGUCUGUCUGUGUCUUCCUGUUGACUCUUUGUUAUACUUAGAUGGUAAGAUCUUUGGGGCAGGGAAUAUUUUUUGUGUUUGUACAGUGCCUAUCACAAUGGGAUGCUGGUCCAUGACAGGGGUUUCUAGGAGCUGAUAGGCUGCCAAUGGAGAUCCAUCCAGCUGUGUGCAAUGAAAAGUGGUAAUCUCAAAAGAGGAAGGUGUCCCAUUGAUAUCACUGUUCAUGAAGCCCUACACUGUAGACUAAAACUCUGUCAUAGCUACUCCUACUUUCCAAGGAGGACAGGAUGGGAAUCCUGUCGGAGACUAUCAAUAUUGCUCCUUAACUGAGCAAUAUGUUCAUUAUUAGGUAAAUGAGAGGACUCCUUGUCUCUAGGUGUUGUGUGUAUUACUUUUGCCUACACUGGGAAUCAUAGACUGGGACCAGAAAUAAAAUUCAAGCCUCCCAAAUGGCAAUGGGAAACAUCUGUCUACAGGGAACUGACCAGCCUUCAUUUCUAUUUGUAUUUUUUUUCUCUUAGUUUUUGCAUGCCAGGUCAAAUGGUUUGGCUUCUUCUGAUACUUUUUGGCUCUUUCUGAUGCUUGAAUUGGCUUUUCCUUUGGCUUUGUUGCCUGCCUGACUGACUGACAAGCAAUUUCCUAAAGGAUGGACAUGUUUUUGUCUUUAUCCUCAUUAUACAAAGGCCCUACAAAUAAUUUAAAUCUUAAUAGAAACCUCCUCCAUGAAGGUACUGUCUAUCUUCCUUUGCACUACAAAAGGCCAAAAUUAAAGUUAAUGCAAAAAGUUUGUUCAUCCAGCCCCGGACAAUGAAAUAAAUUAUUUGACGUGGACACAAAGAUACCGAUGUAAUUUUGGAAAGUAAAUUAACUAGGCUAGAAAUGUUAUUUUAGCAUAAAACAGUGAAAGGAAGACGAGAUCCUUUAAAAAAAAAAGUGCCCUUGAAGUGAAAAUCAAUACAAACAGGAUAAAAAGAAAAAUUCUCGUCCACUUCUUACAGCAUGCCCAUCACCAUGGUCUAACUUUCAUUAGCCAAACAAGGAUAUGAUUGGAACAAAAGUUGUGUUCUCCACACCUCUUGUAAUGUAAGCUUGAACAGGAGUGGGGAAUCUAGGAUUAAUCUUGACCAACACAUGUGAAAACUACAAACUGCCUUGUCUUCAUUAGAGAGACAGGGUGAUAUCCUUUAUUGGACCAAUUUCUGUUGGUGAGAGACAAGCUUUUGAGCUUAAACAAAGCUCUUCUUCAGGUCUGGGAAACAUACUUGGGCUAUGUCUACACUACGUAUUACUUUGGUAUAACUUGUUUCGUUCAGGGGUGUGAAUAAUCUACACCCCUGAGCGACGUACGUUAUAGCGACCUAAGCAUGGUUGAAAGAAGAACAGGAGUACUUGUGGCACCUUAGAG